AUGUCAACGGGUCUGGACUUCGUGAGAGGAUCCACCGCGACUCCCAGUCGAAGUAAAAGUCGGAAUCGUUUGAGUCUCUGCUAUGCCUACCCAGAGCUGACCCCGGCCGAAGAAUCGAACUCGGUAAUCGCUACAAUCGGUUCGAAGAACCUGCGAAAAUUGAGCGGCAUCAACGAACUGACCGAGGAUGGUUUGUACGCCGGUUCGGCACAGCCGCUGACCAAAACCGUGGUCAAACCGUACCAGCUGAACCGAUCAAAGGCUAAUAACGCGAGGCCAAAAACAUGCUGCAGACACCUCGAGAUAGCCAUUCGGGAAGUCCGAAUCGACUCGCGCGAGCAAAACGCAGCCGUCGAUGUAAAGUCCGUGGCCCUGCUUUACAAGAGGAAGGUUAUUUGUAGAUCACCGAGCCCGUUCAACAGCCAGCUGUACAAGCUGCUGCUCAGAGACCCGCCGGAUUCUGCGAAUCUCUCGAUCCAAGUACAGAUGCGAGACAGAAGCUCCGGUGUUCUUCCGCUUCCACUGCCCAAACACAGCGUGAGUAACAGCAAAAUCGAGAUAGAUUUCUCGAUCAGCACUGCCGACGGCGUUCUCCACUCGGGAACCGUGGUCUGCACGUUUUCGCUUGCCAUCGAGGGCCACCAGCCCUCCAGAGGUGUGUCGAUGGAUUUUUACGUGCCCAGCGAAGACCCGAACGAUCCUAGAAACGCCACCUUCAUGCGGCGCAGCAAAUUGGAAAGGGAAAUAAGAGAGGUGAAAUACUUUUUACUUGAUCACCCAGCGCUGCGAUUUGAUUCCGGCGAGAUAAAGCCGCGCCGAAGAUCCGACGGAAGACCGGAGCCCAAGGAAGUGGAUAACGUGAUAAUCGAGCACGCUUCUUUCACCCUCGGCCAAAUGUCCCUCAGACACUUGUUCCAGUCCAGACAUCCACUGCGACCGUCGUCCAGCACUCACUCCCAGAAGCUCCGAGGCGCCAAGAAGCAAUUCCUGGUGGUCACCGUUCUCAGAGGGGUCGAGGUCCCGAUCAGGGAGGAAUCGGCGCUGGUCCAACCCCUGCUGGAAAUCGAGUGGGGCGACACGGUACACGAGACAACGACGGCCGAUGGCUCGGUUCCCAUCUGGCACCAAACCUUCCGCUUCGAGGCGCCCGAGCAGAGCGAGGACCAGAGCAUCAAGCUUCGUCUUUACGACCAGCACCCCGUCUGGGGCCUGCAGUGGCUCGGCGAGGCUUCGAUACCCAUGGAGGUCCACCACGAUUAUCAGGAACUCGAGCGAUGGGUGGGACUGUCGCCCCUUUCAAGCCCCGUGCUUUCUCUGGGCUACGUCCAGCCCAGCCCUGGUCAUUCCUACACCAGGCUUUACGUGCUUAUGAAGAUGGAGCAGCCUGGCAAUCAGAGACCAACGGAUAACUCGUCGUUGGAUUCCCUCGCCAGGGCGGUACAGAGGUGUACCAUAGUCCCCUACAAAGUGGAGAACGUUGACGAUCCAGUCGACGCCAGCAGGCUGGCUAUGCUCUUGCCAUCGCUGCCUCUUUCCUACGGUCCGCUGACCCCGAAACAAGCCCUCUCGCUCAACAAGGUUGAUCAUUUCGGGCGUGCUGCGUUCCUUGCUACUCUGCUUCGCGGCCUGGGUCUUCAAUCGAGCGUCAUUCUGGGUUCUUCGCAGACAAGAAAAUGCGCCGCUUACGUAUUGACCACCGAGGAGAACUCGGAAGCUACGAUUUGGGAUCCGGAAAACGGGGAUCACUACAAGCCGGGAGACACGCGAUGCUCCCUGACCAAAGUUUAUCGGUUGAUAAAUCAUCAGAAUAUUUGGGAAAAUACCCAGCAGAAUAUAAGGUCGGUGAGUUUCAAGCACGAUAUGAAGUUGUCAAGGGACUGGAGGCCGAUUAGCCGAACAAACGACGCCGGUGACAGUCGUCCGACUGAAACGCUGGAACUGAACAAUUGCAUUCUGAGAGGUGAUUCGGAGGAAGACUUUGGGAAGAGGAUAGAGGAGCACCUCAAAGCUAAGAUCAGCGAGUGGCGCAGCGCGGAUUGUAUGACGACAACGUGGAACAGACACGCGGUGACGAUGCUGCGAGGUUUUUUACCGAAGUUCAAUGAUUUGAGAAAUGGUCAACCGGACAAAAAGGAGCUCAAGCAACUAUGCAGAGCGUAUUACACCCACGGUUUUAUCGUUAACUUGCGUCAUUCAAGCCUCGCGGAACUUGCGGAACAAGUUAUGUCAACCAAAAUACACAAGACUUUUGGCCCUAUUGAAUUCGCACUUGCGUGUCACGUGCAAAGAUAUAUCGGUAACGCGCAUUCUCUUUGGCUGGGAAUCGUCGUAAUGAGGAGUAGAGAAUGAUACACAUCGUUUAAGCAAUUAACAUGAAUAUUUUUCACAUACUUACGAACACCGCAGGCUCACCUUGAAACAUUUGUCAGUUGCUUACAAUUGUAUUCAUUCCGUGAAUUGCCCAGAUUUGCAUGAGUAGCGCUUUUGUUCACUGGCAAACAAAAGUGGCGUUAAUAAUUUGAGGAAGGUUUUA